UUUUGAUUGGAGGUUUAUGUACGCGAAAGGAUCAAAAAUGGCAAUUUCGAAUAACCAAAGACAAGAACAAAAAUGAGAAAGCAAGAAUCGGAGGGAGCAAGUCCGGAUUUGGAAUCCGACCCGAAUCGCAAUGGCAACCUGAAAAUCGCACCGAGCGAUCAAAGUCUGCUUACAAUUCUUGACGACAUCAGAUCUUCCAAAUCUCCGGCUGUUAUUAACUACGGAGCUUCGUGGUGUGGAGUUUGUAGCCAGAUUCUGCCUGCAUUCCAAGAGCUCAGCAAGAGUUUCUCGAGGCUCACGUUUGUUUACGCAGAUAUCGACGAGUGCCCUGAAACCACCAGGCACAUCCGUUACACUCCGACGUUUCAGUUUUACAGAGACGGAGAGAAAGUCGACGAGAUGUUUGGUGCCGGUGAAGAUAGGCUCCAUGAUCGUCUUUGGCUUCACUCCUGAAAUCCUCAUGUCUUCAUCGAAAUCGAAUUUAUGAAAUCUGGCAUUCCUUUUGUUGAAAUACAUAUAUAUAGGCAAAUAACACCUUAAUGAUGGCUCUUAUAGUUCUUAUGACUUCUCCAUGUUUUCUAAGGUAUAGUUUUUCUACUUUUUGUCACUUUUCCUUCUCAAACUCCAUAUGCCUUUCUUGAUGUUUGAGUUGUUGUUUCUCGACAUUCUUACUCUUCUUCUCGAGAUCCAUAUUCUCUUGCGCAACCCUUCAGCAUUUACUACUCAAGAUUCUGGGCCUGG